GAGGCGGCGCAGAGGAAGGCAGCUCACGCUUGGGGAACGAGCAGACCUGGCUGCAACCAUGGCUCCCACUGUUUACGGACCGGCUCACUUCUUCAAGGAGACUUCGGCUCACAAGCUGAGAAAGCCAAUGGUGGAGAAGCUGCGACGAGAUCGCAUCAACACCAGCAUCGAGCAGCUGAAGUCCCUGCUGGGCCCCGAGUUCCUCCGGCAGCAGCCCGACUCCAAGCAGGAGAAGGCCGACAUCCUGGAGAUGGCCGUGUGCUACCUGAGGAGCUGGCAGCAGCAGCAGCGACCCACUUCGUCCUCAUCCUCCAACGGCUACGCCCACUGUGUUCACCAGGCCGUCAGCUUCCUCUCCCACUGCAAGGUCCAGAGCCCGGCCCAGAGGCGACUGCUCGGACACUUCCAAGACCUGCAGGCGUCCGGCGAGACCAGCGUGGGCGCUCCGAACACCCCGUCUCCCCCGGGCUCACCCCUCAGCUCCUGUAAAGGUGCCAGCCCGGCCGGUGCGGCCCUGUGGAGGCCCUGGUAAACCUUGAGGACCACAAGCCACAAGUUAAAGACUCUGUGAAGUCAAAUUCUUUCGGGUCACUGUGUGGCCAUAUAGGCGCCGUGUGCCGGUAUCCCUUUGGGAGGAUUUGAUAUGGUUAAGGUUUUCCUAGACGACUUGUGUGGUCACCAUAUGACCGUCUGUACUGACUGCGACAUCGCACCCACGUUGGGUUCACAUUUUUUGGAGAAUUGUUUUGUCUUUGAUACUGCGUAUCAGUUAAAGGGUCCUGCAAUGCAUCCCAUGGAUUCACUCGUGCUGUAAAUCUCAUUUUGAUUGAACACGAUUGUCACUAUGUGUGUGGCUUUACACGCGACAACACAUUUACGUCAAUUCUAUUGUUCAGAAUGGACGACUGUCAUGUUCUGCUUUGAAUGCCUUUUGAAAAGGAAUGACGUGUGCUUCCCUGAGAAGAA